AUGAAUGUUGUUCAGGUAAUAACAGACAAUGCUAGCAAUUGCAAGGGUGCUGGUGAACUUAUUGAAAUCAAGUAUCCAUGGAUCUACUGGACCCCAUGUGUUGUCCAUACAUUAAACCUUGCUUUGAAAAAUAUUUGUGCUGCAAGAAAUAUAGAAUCGAAUAUUGAAACAUAUGAUGAAUGUCAUUGGAUUACUCAAGUUCAUGAUGAUGCAGUGCAGAGGUUUAAGCUUCUAAGGCGUUCUCUUGAGGCCAUGGUGAUAAGUGAAGAAUGGGGGGUUACAAAGGAUGAUCAAGGCAAGGCAAGUUUUGUAAAAGAAAAAGUAAUGAGUGAUAGUUGGUGGGAUAAAGUGGACUACAUUCUUGCCUUCACUGGACCCAUUUAUGAGAUGAUAAGGGCUUGUGAUACCGAUAAGCCAAGUCUACAUUUGGUAUAUGAGAUGUGGGACUCUAUGCUUGAAAAGGUGAAAAUUGUGAUUUAUACUCAUGAAGGAUUGAUAGAUGAUGAUGAUGAUUACUCCGAGUUUUUUGAAGUAGUUCAUCGCAUUAUUGUAGCUCGUUGGACAAAAAGCAACACUCCUCUUAAUUGCUUAGCUCACUCAUUAAAUCCUAGGUUUUAUAGUGAGGCAUGGCUUGAAGAAACUCCAAAUAGAGUACCUCCGCAUAGAGACACAGAAAUAUCUGAAGGAAGAGUAAGUUGUUUUAGAAGACUAUUUCCUGACAAUGCUGAUUUUGCCCGAGCUAUGGAUGAAUAUACCAUGUUCUCAUACAAAUAUCUUGGACAACCUACUUCAUCUUCAUGUUGUGAACGUAAUUGGAGCAUAUAUUCUUUUAUUCACUCACUUAGGAGAAAUAGGUUGAAUCCAAAACGAGCUGAAAAUUUGGUGAAGAUUCACACUAAUCUGCGUCUUCUAUCAAGGAACACAAAUGAAUACACAGCUGGGAAGACAAAAUUGUGGAUGUAG